AUGCCCUUUGAUCUCUCUGCCACGUCUCUCCAGCUUCAAAGUGUCGUCAAUGCUAUCGUCGAGAACCGCCUACUUUUUUCCAAGCAAGAGAAAGAAUUAGGAGACAUCGUUGAUGUGAUUGACUUGGAGAAGGUCUUUGAUUUCUUGACCCUGGUGGAUAUCGACACCAAAGGGUCCAAACGACUCUGCGUUGAGGACGAGGUGGUACACACGCCGACAGAACUGCAGGUUCGAAUGUUUGGGGUUCUUGUUAAUCAUGAGCUACCACCCAGGCUUCGCGAGAUUGAACCCAAUGGACGAAUAUACGCAAGACAGCAUGUUGCCAUCUCUGGAUUGGGAGCCCCCUUCUUUACCAAGGCUAUAGAAGGUCUGCAAGAGCUCGCUCAGUAUCUUACUCACUUCUUCAAAGAGGGGUCUUGGGCUGGGUGGUCGCCUUCCGAGCACUUGGGCUUUUCAGUCUUGGACGCCAAUUCCCGCUACUACACCCUUAGAAGCACUCAGCUUGUACCCAAUGACGUACCCUUCCCAAAGGAUAUGGAUCCCAGAGGCUUGCUGGAGCGUGGCAAAGGCACAGAGUUUGCCUAUAGUGAAGAUAAUGUAGUCGAGUAUUGGAAGUACAACAAGGACGAUAACAGUUAUACCGUUAUCAAUCCGCGCGAGUUCAAGGACGGCGACAUAGUUGAAGUACACGUGUCAUUCUUGCUGCUCAAGAUGUCCACCAGCCAACGCAAGUAUUACAACCACUCCAAUGUGUUGCCCAGGUACCGCAUGUUGUUGACGUUGAGGGGAUUGACUCUUUUGGCACAUAAUGAACAUAAGGAUGAUGCAGACAAGCAUGAUGAAACAUCCUCACAAGAAGCCGUUGUCGACACAAGCCAGGGUGGAGAUAACGACCAAAUAUUCAGGAAGGGUCUCGGUGCAAAGACGACAGCACCAGUCUUCAAGAACUUGGCAACAGCGGCGGCAUGCUUCCUCAGCAGGGUGUGUGUUGGUGCCGACGCUGACAAGAAGAGUCUUAUCCAGUAG